ACGGUGGCAAAUGACAGUCAGCGCGUUACAGCUGCCGCUGGUCUUGUCACUGUUGCUCAUGUGUCACGGUGCCUGGACAAAGAGAACGACAAACGAAGCUACAGCCAAAGCUGCCAAUGCAGCAGAUGGUUUAAAAGUCGCCGCGUCGCCAACACGAGUACCCUUGGUAGCUGUACCACUGGUUUCGUCAUCGGAAGCCACACUUCUAACAACACGUCGCCUGUUUCCGCCAUCAACGUCCUCAUUUACGCCGCGACGCCAAGAACGCGCACGACACCGCUAUGAUGAAGAAGUAGCGGAUGUGGAGGUGGCGCCGCCCCCACAAGUGGCCACUUCUGCUGACGCCAAAGCGACUAAAAGUGGCCGCAAUCUAGGCAACUUGCCGAAGAAGCGCUACAAAGUGCUCGCGGUGCAUACAAAUUGUACGCGCGACCUUUUCUCGAUGCGCAUCGAUUUGAAUCGCGAUUUCCGUGGCCUUGUCUAUGCCAAGGACUUUCCGUUGGAGUGCAGCGCACGCGGCAACGCGCAACAAAAUGUCACACUGCGUUUGCCCACAUCCGGUUGUGGUGUACGCGCUGAGCCGCGCGCUGAUGGCGUGAUGGAGCUUUCGGUGCGCGUGAUGCUGCAAAUGGAGCAGAAAUUGCGGCAGAGUUCGGAUAUCUUGCGUACAGUGCGUUGCAAGUUGCCGCCAACGGCAAUGGGCAUGAUGGUGGGACCUGCAGCGGGCAUGGUGGGCAAGCGGGCGAGACUCAAAGCGGGUGGUCAACAGCGAAAAGUUGCGCAGAAUUACAGAAACGGGCGAAUGCGCACGCUUAUUGCGUCACUAAGCAAGGGUGAUAAAAAUGACGCUACGACAGCUAACAAUGAAGAUUUCACCGAUGCGCCACAAACGGAUGUGCCUGCUGUUGAUUUGAAAGAACACCAGCAACAGCAGCAACAACCAGUAGAAGAAAAAGGCCAACAAGAACCGGAAAUAAGCGCGACCUCCAAAACUCCUGAGUCAACAGCAACUGCAGCAGUGCCCACGAAUGGCGCUACUGAAAGCGGCGAUGGCGGUGAUGACGCUGCCGAUAGCAAUGCCAGCGAUGGCGUUCGUGGCGCUUCAACCAGCACAGCCAGCAACAGUGCCACUCCGCGCGUGCGCAUUUGGCUCGAGCUGGGCGGCCUUGAUGGUUCCGGCGCGGUGGAAGUGGGCCAAGCCACAAUGUUAACUGUACGCGCCAUAGUACCAGGUUCGAUGGGUGUGCGCGUAGUGGACUGCGCGGCGCUCGAUGGACUGGGCGAUUCGAAACAACAGUUGCUGGACGAGCGUGGCUGCACAGUUGAUGAACAGGUCAUGCCACCGUUAAACAAACAUUACAAACCAGUCGACGAGGGUUGGUCCAAACAACAACCGGACGAUUUGAUGGAGAAAACAUUCACGGCCACAUUUCCCGCCUUCAAAUUUCCCGAUCGCGAGCGCUUGCAUGUCAGCUGUGGCGUGCAGCUGUGCAAGGGCAAAUGUCCGAAUGUAAAUUGUCGCAGCUCGGAGCCGUUACAGCUGAGCGCUGAUAAGCAUCUAGCACGCAUUGAAGUUUUCAAUUCUUUGGCGGUGACGGCACCACAAAUUGAAGUGGAUCGAUUGCGUUACGACCGUCGUUAUAAUAUGAGUGCCGAAGAGUAUCCACCACACAUUCGCCAAAUCCACAGCGAUGGCACACUCUGCCUCUCCGUUUCCAAGCUGGCCCUCUCCUUUUGCGUACUGGGUCUCAUCUUUCUAGUUGCCGUGAUUGUAGCGAUUUAUUCACUGAUACGCGCACGCCGUCGCGCCACAGGCAGCACUUGCGGCCUAACACCACCCAGCAGUGGUGCGGGUCAUAUGCAACGUGCAGAACUGUGCACAUCGAUGUUUUCGUCAAGCAGCGAAUCGGCGCAAUCGGCACGCUUUGGCAGCAAACUGCUGAUGCCCUACUACCCAAAUACGCUGCCCUAUGGCAGGGUCUACUAACUGUAUGAAAUGCACUACAAAUCUAUAGACGACAUUUUCUUAAUUAGUUUAAACUUUUAAGCAUUGAUAUUUUAGCUUUUCACUUCGCUCAACAUCUAAAGACUGAUUUUUGUAAUUUUUUUUCUCAACAAAUGCUUUGAGAACUGAAAGCUGCGCAAAGCUAAUAUUUACAAAUACAAAACGCAAUAAUACUUGACCUCUCCUUUAUCCUUAAAUAUAAGCUAUUGAGAAAGAGAUUCGAAAACAUUUUGAUAUCCAUUGUUAGUCUAGAAAAUGUUUUUUGACUUUUCUUUCUAAAUAUUUAUUUAAGGCCAGCGGGCCCUAAAGGCGUUAGCACAUUAGUAUAAGAAAAUAAUAAAAAAAAUGUAGUUUAUAUGUAAUUAUAUGUAUUAAUUUAAGCAAAAAUCUAAAUAUUUUUAUAUUAUACAAAACACUAAACAAAAGCAUAUUCACUUAGGACAAAAGAGGCAAAGCGAAAAUAAAGAUAUCGAAACUUUAUCCCCACGUAGAACAAGCAUUAAUUCACUCUAUAAGCAGCGAGUCCUUCGCCUUUUUAUUAACAAAAAUAUAAUUUUUUAAAUUUUUUGAUAUUGUUAUAAAUAAAAUAAUUAAAGUUCCUUAUAUAUACAAAAUUUUAAUAACUCUUCAAACGAUUUAAGUUCAAAAAAAAAAAUUUCUUAGCCCUUAUUAGUUUAACAAAUCAAAAGAAAGCUCAAUACACACUGUAAAGGCUGGUUUUUACUAUGUCAUAUUUUGAAACAACUUUAUCUCCUUUAUGGCCCAAAAACGGACAGCUAGCCUAUUUAGUAGCGCAUUUCCCGUACACCAUUCUGACCUAAAUCAAUCAAUAGACUGUUUUUUAGUCAGAUUUGACAAUGUGUUUUCUUUUAUUUGAAAACAAGCCUUAAGUUUUCUUUAAAACGAAGUACCCAAAGAAUUUAUCUAUUAUGCUUUAAAAAUUUAAAUUUAAUAUAUUUCGCUGGUGUGGGUUUACAA